GAUUUUCCCACUGCCUUAAAUACCGAGGGGUUUCAUAUUUAUCUAUUGAAAUAGCCAAAUAUUAUAGUUGAAAUUGAUCUUCAUGUUACUGCGGAGUAUACAGUGUUAACUCAUUCAUCAUACCGCCCGUUGUUGUAGUGAGUUUUGGUUUGAGCCCAGCUAUGGCGGACCAGUCAUCGAUCCUGGCGCUCAUUAUCUUGGCUGUGGGCGUUACUGUGCACUUCUCUUUGCACAAAGUUGAGGAGGGUCACGUCGGUGUUUAUUACCGCGGUGGAGCUCUACUCCCAGUAACUAGCCAGCCAGGUUUUCACAUGAUGAUUCCACUCCUAACAUCAUAUAAAGCUAUACAGGCAACUCUACAGACAGAUGAAGUGAAGAAUGUACCAUGUGGUACGAGCGGAGGAGUUAUGAUAUAUUUUGAGAGAAUUGAGGUGGUCAAUAAGUUGGAACCAAAUAGUGUUCUUGAUGUAGUUCGAAACUUCACUGCUGACUAUGAUAAGACGCUAAUAUUCAACAAGGUGCACCAUGAAUUAAAUCAGUUCUGCAGCGCUCACUCACUGCAUGAGGUCUACAUUGAUCUCUUUGAUCAGAUUGAUGAGAACUUAAGAACUGCUCUGCAGCAAGAUUUAAAUGAAAUGGCACCUGGACUAAGGGUACAAGCUGUAAGAGUUACAAAACCAAAAAUCCCUGAAGCUAUUAGAAAGAAUUACGAACUUAUGGAGGCUGAGAAAUCGAAACUGCUUAUCGCUGCGCAACAUCAGAAAGUUGUGGAAAAAGAAGCAGAGACUGCAAGGAGAAAGGCAGUGAUAGAAGCAGAAAAAGAAGCACAAGUUGCCAAAAUUCAGUAUGAACAGAAAAUUAUGGAGAAGGAAUCCCUUCAGAAAAUAGAACUGAUUGAAGACAGCAUCCAUAAAGCCAAACAACAGACUAAAGCUGAGGCAGAUUACUACCACCUCAAGAAACAGGCUGAAGCCAACAAGUUACUGCUCACCAAAGAAUAUUUAGAGUUGAAAAAAUAUGAGGCUCUGGCUCUCAACAAUAAGAUUUAUUUUGGAAAUGACAUUCCCAACAUGUUCCUGCAGGCCACCAUAGGCGAGAAAGGUAUACAGGUUGAAUGAGUAAUAGUUACCCUGAACAAACCAAAGCUAGUCAUUGAGUAGCCAGGUCUUUAUUCCAAGACCUGUGAAGUGACAGUGUUCUGAACUUAAUAUUUCAUACAGUACAUUGGAAAGUGUGUGACUGAAAUGUGAUAAUACAUUGCCGU